GAUAUGGCAUCAUUUGAUGUAAUGGUCACAAAACUUACUGCAUAUUUUGUUGAAACUAGUUUUAUUUGCUACAAUUUCAAAUAUUAAAACCAAAUACUACAGGAUAUCUUAAAUUAACGUUAAAGGACUCGUAUUAUUUACUCAUCUUCAGAAUGACACUACAAAUUUGUAGUUAUCAAGGUUGUUACACGCAACGAUUUCCUUGUAGUUCAAUAACAUUCUUCCAAUUACCAACCGAUGAACCACGACGCACACAUUGGAUACUAAAUAGUGGAAAUAAACAGCUGCUGAAACUUAAAAACAGCCAAAAACGAUACUUCUGUGAAAUUCACUUUCAGAAAAAGGAUAUUAAACCACAUUUUUAUAGGAAACUUUUAUAUAAGAACGCAGUUCCAAUGCCAUAUAUGAGUGACGAUGUUUCUACACUAACCACAAAUACCAUACAGUUUACCGAGUUCGAGGUAGUAAGAGAUUACCAAAGCGAAGUUAAAGAAACAAGUGGUGACAAUUUGUUUCAGGAAUACGAAAUAAAGAAAGGAGAAUACGAACCCGUUGAAGAUGAGCAGAAUAUGACGACAGAUUACUGUUUUUUGUAUGACGAUUGCAACGAGAAUAACAUACAAGAAAACAAACUAAUGACUGAAGAUACGCUGGACUUACCAGAAAUUAUUUCAAAUCACGCUGAAAUAAUACCUACAAAACAAGAGUCAAUCAUUAAUAUUGGUGCAUCGAAUGUUGACGAUGCGGUGUCAACUUCAUGCAUUUCACCGGCAACUUCGUCCACUACAGAUGUGAUUUACAGUUCAGAAUUGCAUAAUGCUUAUACCACAAAUGAGAGUAUUGUCGAAGCUGCUGAAUCAACAACAGAUUUAGUGUUAAAUAAUGAUAAAGAAAUUAAAAACGAUGACACAAUAGUGUCCGAUAAAUCAUACGAAUCUGAUAAACAUUUUGCGUUAUCACUUGUGUAUUAUUUUCAACGAUUAAACGUUAAAAAGAAAGCGCAAGCCAAAAUUGACAUACUAACAUAUUUAGUAGCACUGGAGCAAGAUAAGGAUUCGUAAUGGGAUUUGUAUAUACUACUACAUUCAAAAUCUUUGUAGAUGACUAAUUUAGCAUAAAAUAGUUGAGGUAUGAUGUCUUUUUUAUAUUUUUAGUAGUUUGUAGUAAAUAAAAAAAACGAAAUUAAAUCGUAAGCGGACAAUAAAGUUGGUACUCAAACGGAAUUGGUUAUCAAACUAUUCAAUUAAACAAACAGUUUUGAGACUAAAUUUUAUUUGCAACUUUUUUAUUUUCUUUAUUUAUUUAAUUUUAUUUAUUUAUUUAAUUUUAUUUUUCAAAAAGUUGCCAAAUUAAACUACGCUAUGUAUUGUUCAAUAUGUAUAACAGAUGAUCCCUACAUUAAGCAUACUCGACUAUAGAAAAAUACAACAAGAAUAUUUUGAAUGUUAUAAGCUUUUGCUAAUUUAAUAGUUGAGUUCAAUAAUAAUUAUAUAAAACUUAGUAUAAAAUUACAUUGCAAAUAAUUUAUGCAUAUGCAGUUAUAUUUGUGUAUGUACAGUUUGUUUUGAAUGAAGUCGUUUUGUAUUAAAAAAGAUUUAAGCGAGACAUAAAUAAUCACCCUGCGGUUAUAAUAUGUUGGAGUAUCACUUUUUAUUUCAACCACAUACAAAUACUAUUUUUAAUUAAUAUGUUUGUGUCGUAUAUAAGUUAAAACAUUUAUGCUGUUCAAAAAAUCAAUGACAUGAAAAACAUAAUAUACAUAUUCGUGAUAUAUUCAUGAAAUACAAAAUAUAUUUAUUUUCAA